ACAGACUUGUUCUGGUUACAUUACAUUCACUGACUUCAUAAGACGCAGUGGGUCACCAGCUGAUUGUUUCGAAGGCGUUUCCCAUCGUUAAACUUGCUGUGGGCGUUUCAUCCCAGCACUUCACCGGAUGCACCAUCUGGUGGUGGCUAGCUUCUUCUUUUUUUCUCUGAGGGGUGGUGGCCGCUGUUUUGCUUCAUAGCGUCCGAUCAGACCACGAAAGCAUGGGAAUGUUGCAAGGGGAUUUCUGAGUGAACUUGUGUUAAAGUGCUAGAUAAGUUACUCUAACUUCCCCACAAGCUCUUUCACACCGCAGGAGCUCCGCUGUACCACCGAAGGCCGGUAGCAAAGCGCUGUUUGGACGUUUCUCCGGCGAGCAAUCCCGGACAAAGGAAAGAGACUUGUGAGCUAACGUUAGCUGCGGGCUAACUUAGCAUUCCUCUAGCUGCGGCGCAAUGCAGGCCAUAAAGUGUGUCGUUGUCGGAGAUGGAGCUGUGGGUAAGACCUGCUUGCUCAUCAGCUACACCACCAAUGCCUUCCCAGGAGAGUACAUCCCCACAGUGUUCGACAACUACUCUGCCAAUGUUAUGGUAGAUGGGAAGCCGGUGAACCUGGGCCUUUGGGAUACAGCAGGACAAGAAGAUUACGACAGACUCCGCCCACUUUCCUACCCACAGACGGACGUGUUUCUAAUCUGCUUUUCGCUUGUGAGUCCUGCCUCAUUCGAAAACGUCCGUGCCAAGGUGAGUUCACGCAGCGCCCCUGUAAUAAAGAGUGAAGGCUGUAAAGUCGUCUCAGCGGAUCCGUUUUUAUGACGAGGAGCAUCAAGG